CUGUAAUUAUCCUCUCCCUCUUAAAAUACAGGUCUUUCCCUCUCACACAGAGACUCUGCCGCUUUGCUUCAUCCAGAUAAGAGAAGAGAGGGGAGAGAGAGGUGAGAGGGGAUUCAGGGAAUUCCGUUCCGGUGGCUCCGGCAGUGCGCCGCCGCUUCAUAUCCUUUAUGGGUUUGGUUAAUUAAGAGGGCGAUUUGAAAGAAAUUAAGCAUCUACUGCUGUACAUGUACAUCUUGCUUAAAAUAAUUCCCAUUUCUGAUAUCUUCGAAUUCCGUAUCAUUUUCGUACAUCGCAGCGCUCAGCCCCACCCCUCUGUCAAACUGUGGCGGACGACAGACGAACCCUAGCGGUCGUCUUUUCCUCCUCCACUUCUACUUGGUUGUUGGGUGCUUUGAAUUUCAAAUCGAAAAGGAAGACGAGGAGGAGAGGGGCCUUCUCUGCGAGGAAGAUGCUUUGGGUGAUGAAAUUUUCCUGGUUCGUCUCUGCUGCAAUGGCGAUGAUUGUUCUAUCCCCGUCGCUGCAAUCCUUUCCUCCGGCCGAAGCCAUUAGGUCCUCUACCCUCGAUUCCUACCUCCGAUUUCAAGGACAGAUUGCCGGCGGCGGUGCACUUGACCGAUUCUCUUUUCGGAAAGCGCCUUUGUUUCGUAAUGCCGGUGGAUGCAAAUCCGUGUUGGGGGAAACCUAUGUUUGCGAUCCGUCUCUAGUUCACGUCGCCAUUACUCUGGACACGGAGUAUCUCAGAGGUUCAAUCGCGGCGGUGCAUUCGAUUCUACAGCAUUCAAGGUGUCCGGAGAGUGUGUUCUUCCACUUCAUGGUCUCGGAGACCAACCUGGAGAGCCUCGUGAGAUCCACUUUUCCUCAGUUGAAGUUCAAGGUGUAUUACUUCGACCCCGAGAGAGUCCGGAGCCUCAUCUCCACUUCCGUCCGGCAAGCGCUGGAGGUUCCUCUCAACUAUGCCCGGAACUACUUGGCCGACAUGCUCGAGCCGUGUGUACGCAGAGUCAUCUACUUAGAUUCUGAUUUGGUUGUCGUUGACGAUAUCUCAAAGCUAUGGAGUACAAAUUUGGAGGAGAAGACUAUCGGAGCUCCAGAGUACUGCCACGCCAAUUUCACCAAGUACUUCACCUCCAAUUUCUGGUCUGACCGGAAAUUGUACGGUACAUUCGCCGGACGGGACCCUUGCUACUUCAACACCGGCGUUAUGGUCAUAGAUCUGGCGAAAUGGAGGCGGAUAGGGUACACGAAGCAUAUAGAGAGGUGGAUGGAGAUCCAGAAGACGAUCAGGAUCUACGAAUUAGGGUCUCUACCGCCGUUCCUGUUAGUGUUUGCCGGAGAUGUGGCCGCAAUUGAUCACAGGUGGAACCAGCACGGUUUGGGCGGCGAUAACGUGAGGGGAAGCUGCCGGAACCUCCACCCAGGUCCGGUGAGUCUCCUCCACUGGAGCGGCAGUGGGAAGCCGUGGCUGAGACUGGAUUCGAGGAAGCCAUGCCCGCUGGACUCUUUAUGGGCACCUUACGACCUUUAUGGACAUUCAACCUGAACUGUUCAUUGUUCAUCCCUUUGUCUCGCCGGUAAAUUCAUGUCCACUCUAAUUUUGGCUUCUUUUUUUUGGAUUUCACGGAUCGCCCACGUCGUAAUUUCUCCAUUUAAUUUUUUUGUCAGAGUUUUUUAUAAAAAAAUUCCGAAUUUCUUUUCUUCUUUCCUUGGAAAUUUAUUUUGUCAUGGAUCAACAUAUAGCGCCAUUAUUAUCACAUGUUGUGUUCAUCAGAGGACAUUUGUAUUCUAUUCGCUGCUCUGAUCUCUGAAAUAAAAAAGUGGAAUUCAUUUCAUUUUAUUUUUUUUAUCAUAUUGUGAGUUUGUGUUAGAGCCAUUGCUAAUAUGGCUGUCCACAAUGAUUGGCAUAAUUAUAACUGCUCAAGUAUAAUUAACGGCAUAAUGAAAAUGGAUAACAGCGAAACUCUAAGGCUCCGUUUGGAUUAGUGAAAAGCCUGGACGGCUAGAGAAAAUGUAUAGUGGUUGUUAAUAUGAUAAAAAUGAGGUGUUUAGAAAAUGACGUUCUAAACAAAAAAUGACGGUUUGACCCAUUUUAGCAUUUUCAAUAAGUGAAAAUGUUGUUUGCUAAGGAUGUUUUUACUUGGACGGUAAUUCGUCCCAGACCAAACCAGACUUGGAUAAUUAUAAAAAUAAAAAGAAACUAGACCAGUUCAGACCAAACCAGAUCAGACCAGACCAGCAAAUUACAGUCUAAGUAAAAACAUCCUAAAUAGUUGUUUGUUUAUACUGUUUUUGAAUGAC